AUGCCCACCACGAGGUCUGAAGGCACUUCAGCUGGUGCAAGUGCAAGCAAACCCACUGAGAUGGAAAUUCUCACCAAAAUUCUUCAGACUCAGCAAGAACAAUUGAAGGAAAUUUCAAGAAAAUUGCUGAUGGAUAAGGUUAUGCCACCAAUGACUCCAGAUUUAUUGGAAUCUUUGGCAAACUCAUGCUCUACAUUUACACAUGAUCCGGAAACAGGGCUUACGUUUGACAUUUGGUACAAACGUCACAAAGGAAUCUUUUUAGAGGAUGGCUCCGCGCUCUCAGAUGGCGCUAGAGUGCGAUUGUUACUCCGAAAGCCUGAUUCAUCAUCUUUUUCACGCUAUGCCCGUUUCAUUCUGCCCAAAGAGCCCAAAGAUCUGAACUAUGAGGAGACUGCGAAGAAUUUAGAAUCACUUUUUGGACCAGAAGAGUCACUAUUUCGUGCCAGAUACAACUAUGUGAAAAAUUUAUCACUGUCCAAUGAUGCCUUCAAAGCUCUUAUCUACCUAGCGGGACUGAGGAGUGAAAAAGAGAGCUCACUUCGAACUCGUUUGCUGAACAAGCUAGAGACAGAAGAUGUGAGCAAAAUCAACUUACAGUUCAUGCUAAAUGAAUCCAAGCGACUCUCUAGAGUGCAAGAGGAUGCUAGCGUGCUAGAAAGAGAACAAAAAUCGGUGAAGGUCGUUCAGAGGAACAAGUACCAGAAUCCAAAAAAAUCAUCUCAAAAGUCACAACAAUCAUCGUCAUCCAAACCGGGAUAUUCUGCAAAUUCAAAACAAAUACCCAAAACACCAUGCUGGAAUUGUGGCGCAAUGCAUUUUUCUUCCGAAUGCACUUAUGCUCAGCAUAAAUGUAAGGAUUGCAAUUCCAUUGGGCACAAAGAAGGCUACUGCUCCUGUUCAAAACGUGCUAAUUCCAAGAAGACCAAGGAUAAUAGGAAAAAUUCACAGUCAUUCAACACCAACAUUGUUUACACUGUGGGCAAAACACUUGUGAAUGAGAGGCGUUUCAUCACUGUGUCGAUCAACGGGAUAUCUGUGAAUCUUCAAUACGAUUCAGGUGCAGAUAUUUCCAUCAUCUCAAAAGACACAUGGGAAAAAAUUGGUGCACCACACCUCAUGCAAACCAAUUCUUCUGUACGAGAUGCUCAAUCAAAUCUCAUUCCUAUUCAGGGAAAAUUCUCUACUGAUGUCAAACUUCAAGAUGAUUCAGCCUAUGGGACAUUUUAUGUCACAAACACACACGAAUGCAAUUUAUUUGGCAUUGAUCUCAUAACAACAUUCAAAUUAUGGGACAAAGCUCCAUCAACUUUUUGCCGUGUGAUGAAAGUUCCAUCAAUAAAUAAAGCUGAAUCCAUUCAAACACUCAAAGACGAAUUUUCUGAAGUUUUCACUGAAUCCUUAGGUCUCUGCACAAAAAUUUCUGCAAAACUCCACCUGAAGCCUGACGCUGUUCCUGUUUUUCGUCAGAAACGUCCAGUUCCAUUCCAUCUGAUGGAGACAAUUGAGGAAGAGCUCCAGCGUCUUCAAAAUCUGGAUAUCAUAACACCAGUAGAGUCAUCAGAUUGGGCAGCUCCCAUUGUUGCUGUUCGCAAAUCAAAUGGAAAAAUUAGACUAGUUGGAGAUUAUUCCACGGGGCUAAAUGAUUGUUUGGAACCAAGUCAAUAUCCCAUUCCAUCAGCCACUGAAGUCUACAACAAACUCACGUCUGGGCAAGUAUUCAGUAAAAUUGAUUUAUCUGAUGCUUAUCUACAGAUCAAGGUGGAUGAUGAUGCUCGGAAAAUGCUCACGAUACACACACACAAGGGGCUUUUCAAUUUCAAUCGUCUAUGCCCAGGAGUGAAGGCUGCCCCAGGUAUUUUCCAACAGAUUGUAGAGCAAAUGGUGCUAGGAAUUGACGGUGUAGCUGUUUAUUUCGAUGACAUCGCCAUUGCAUCUCGCUGUGAGGAAUCUCACCUGAAGACACUCAGAGCUGUACUCACGAGACUUCGUGAUUAUGGUUUCCACAUCCGCUUGGAGAAAUGUCAAUUUUUCCUACCAGAAAUCAAGUUUCUGGGCAACAUCAUCGACCAGACAGGAUGUCGUCCGGAUCCUGAGAAAAUUCAAGCCAUAUCUCAGAUGUUGCCACCCAGAGAUGUUGGAGAACUGAGGUCGUUCCUUGGAGCAAUCAAUUACUACUCCAAGUUCAUCAAGGAAAUGAGUCACUUGAGAUCUCCCAUGGAUGAUCUUCUCAAGUCAGAUGCCAAGUGGAAUUGUUCUCAAGAUUGUCAAAAAUCUUUCGAUCGAUUCAAGGAGAUUUUAUCCUCAGAUCUCGUCCUAAUUCAUUAUUUUCCGGAGAGACCAGUGGAAGUAUCAGCCGAUGCAUCAUCCAAGGCUCUGGGAGCUCAAAUUUCACACAAAUUCCCGGAUGGUUCAGAGAAAGUGAUUGCCUACGCGAGUCGCUCAUUGACAAAAGCUGAGCGCAAUUACAGUCAAAUUGAACGUGAAGCCCUGGCUCUGAUUUUUGCGGUUACCAAGUUCCACCGUUACAUCUACGGUAAAAAGUUCACAUUAUUCACGGACCACAAGCCUCUUCUAGCCAUUUUUGGUUCGAAGAAGGGCAUUCCUGUGCAUUCAGCGAAUAGAAUCCAAAGAUGGGCCCUCACUCUGCAGUCCUAUGACUUUGAUAUUCGCUACACAUCAACCCGAGAAUUUGGACACGUGGAUGUACUUUCACGUCUUAUGAAUUCCCACCAUCAACCUGAAGAAGAUUACAUCGUGGCCUGUGCACAGUUGGAAGGAGAGAUCAGCAGCAUUGUGGAUGAUAACUUCAGGCAUCUCCCACUCACUUUCAACAAGGUUCGGAAGGCAACUUCCCAGUGCAGGAUUCUUCAGGAUGUGAAGAAGUACAUUCUUGAAGGAUGGCCACCCACAGGACACAAUUUCACUAACAGGGAAGUGUCAUUGUUUUACAAGGUAAAAGACUCACUCUCACUGAUUCGUGAUUGUCUUUUUUAUAGAGAUCGCCUGGUGAUUCCGCCCACUUUCCGUGACAUGGUUCUGAGAAAGCUUCAUGAAGCUCAUCCUGGCAGAGAACGCAUGACAUCUCUUCCACGUUGCUAUGUAUAUUGGCCAGGCAUCGACUCAGACAUCAAGGAUUUAGUCCGGAAAUGUGAUGAUUGUGCGGUUGUGGCAAAAUCACCAGGGAAAACGACUCUAUAUUCUUGGCCAAUUCCUUCGCAGCCCUGGUCGAGGCUUCAUAUCGAUUAUGCGAAUUUCCAAGGGCAUGAUUUUUUCAUAAUCAUUGACGCCUAUUCAAAGUGGCCGGAAAUUUUCCGAAUGACUUCGAUGACUACGAGUGCCACUCUCACAAAAUUGUCAGAGACAUUCUCACGAUGGGGUUUUCCUCGCAUCAUAGUUUCCGACAAUGCCACAAAUUUCACGUCCACUCAGUUCCAGUCAUACUGCAAGGAUCACGGGAUUCAAAACCUGAGGAUUGCGCCAUUCCAUAGCCAAUCGAAUGGACAAGCUGAGAGGAUGGUGGACUCGUUGAAGAGAGCUCUAGCAAAAUUACACAAGCAUACUGUGGAUGAAGCUCUUCAGUUUUUUUAUCAUCAUAUCGUGCCACACCAAAUCCAAGCGCGCCUGAUGGAAAAUCGCCAGCUGAGAUCAUGA